AUGAUACCAAUGGUUAGCUACCCCACCAUCUUUCAGGCGGAGAUUCAUGCAAUAGAAAUUUGUGGCAGAGAAUGUCUUAGAAGGGGAACGUCAUCGAAAUAUAUCUGCAUUAUGUCGGACAGUCAGGCAGCCCUACUGGCCCUGAAGUCCCACAAAAUAAGUUCUCAGCUAGUACAUGAUUGCCGCAAUGUCCUAAAUGCUCUUGGUGACAAGAAUACAGUCUUAUUAGGAUGGGUACCAGGGCAUGAGGGACAUGAUGACAAUGAGGAGGCUGACUACCUAGCGAAACAGGGAGCUGCCGCAGUAUUUUAUGGUCCGGAACCCUUUUGUGGGCUCACCAAAGCACAUAUAAAGGGGACCAUAAAUAACUGGGUAGACAAAAUGUUCAAGAGGCAUUGGAUGGAAUGUCCAGGGCAAAGACAAGCCAAACGAUUUAUCUGUCCUUCAAACGAAGUUUCAAAGAAACUAAUCAAUUUAGGCAGAGAGGACCUCAAAACUCUCACUGGGUACUACACGGGACACUGUUCUCUUCGUUACCACCUCAGUAAAAUCGAUCUUUCAGAAACAAGCGUCUGUCGCUUCUGUGAGCUGGACGAAGAAACGCCAGAACACAUUCUCUGUGAAUGUGAUGCUCUCGCUAGGCGCAGACUAGCCCACUUUGGUGGCGCUACCCUUAAUCCAUUUGAAAUUUGGAACAAAACGCCCUUGGAGGUGCUAGGCUACAUUAAGAGCCUUCCCAUAUAG